UACUAAAAUAAAGAAAUGGGCCGAAAACAACAAGUGUCGUAACAAGGAAGCACGACACUUUUGGAUAACAGCAUGUUUCGAGAGUCUUUCAUCACAGUACAGUACAGAUUGUUACAAGGAGGGUUGUCAGAAUUUUGAGAAAUCCUGCACACCUGUAAGCAUGGAAGAGACGAACUGCACUGACUCUGGUAACCCUGCUAGCACAGAGAAACUGGCAGACCCUGGUAACACAGAGAAACUGGCAGACCCUGGUAACACAGAGAAAGUCGCAGACACUGAUAACACGGAAAGAAGGGGAGACCCUAGUAACCGUGGUAACAGUGAAAAAUUAGCAGAUCCUGGCAACACAAGUCAAGAACAAGUAACAAGCUCAAAGGUUGAUGCGACAACCAUGAAGAGGCCAAUGGAGGAUGAGGGUGGCAUACAUGACACUCAUGUUCAACUCUCCAAGGAACAAAUACAGAUGAACUUCCGCAAGCCAAACAUGGCCUGGAUAAAGCCACAGUACAUCCUGCCAAGAGAAAGUCAGGCGGCUUCACACAAGGCAUCCGAGCCGCCCCCCAAGAAGCAGAAGACAACUGGCCGCAACCGGAACCGACCUGUUGACCGAGGACCCCCAGCAGCAGAAAAAAUCUGUCCCUCUAUCAUUAGGGAACGAGACUGUGUGUAUGGGAGCUCAUGCAAAUUCUGCCACGAUGUUGGCAAAUUUAUGGCUAAUAAACCUCCUGACAUUGGUGAUAAGUGCUAUGUGUUUGAGAAAUAUGGACGAUGCUUACAAAGUGUAGCGUGUAGAUACGGCAGUAAGCAUAUUGAUUCAGACUUUAAGAACGUCACCAAUAAGGAACUCUAUGGUGAAAUCUUGAAAAAUCCAUUGACUAUAAACUUCCUUGAGAAAGAUGUACAGAAGCUUCUUUGGAAGAAGAAGUAUGAUUUUAGCACGGCCAAUGGAAAUGUCAAGAAGGUUCAGGAUUGGUAUAAUCACAGAAAGGCAGCCAAUGAGCAGAGAAAAGUCAUGGAGGAGAACGGUAAACCGUUAGACGCCAAGGUUCCCUCUGAAACAUCAGAGAGUCCCAGAGUUGAUGGUACUACCCCGGCAGCUGGGGUAGAGAGUAGGGCUGAGGCUGACCAGAGUGGUCCUCCACAAGCAGGUCAGGGACACUUAGGCUGUGUGACUGAUGAAGAUCUCAUAAAACUUCGUCCAGUGGAGAAGAAAAAGUUAGACCUGCAUGGCAAGCUGUACCUGGCUCCACUGACAACUGUGGGCAACCUGCCGUUCCGGCGUGUGUGCAAGGGUUUGGGUGCAGACGUCACCUGCAGUGAGAUGGCCGUGGCCACCAAGCUGCUCCAAGCCAACCAGUCCGAGUGGGCGCUACUCAAACGACAUCAGUCGGAAGACCUGUUUGGUGUCCAGCUGUGUGGUUCCUACCCCGACACCAUGACCCGCUGUGCCCAGCUGCUGACCGAGGUCACCACCAUCGACUUCGUGGACAUCAACUGUGGCUGCCCCAUUGAUAUGGUUUAUAAAAGAGGGGAAGGUUCAGCGUUGAUGUCCAAGCCCAAUAAGCUGGAGCAGAUUGUGAAGAGCAUGACGACGGUGCUGGACGUGCCUCUCACAUUGAAGAUGAGGACUGGCAUCUCGUCAGACAAGGACAUCGCACACAACCUUAUUCCCAGACUGCGGGACUGGGGUGUAUCGGAAGUCACGCUCCACGGCCGGUCACGGGAACAGCGCUACACACGUCUCGCAGACUGGGACUACAUCGACCGAUGUGCUCAGCUGGCGGCACCUAUGCCUGUGUUUGGGAAUGGAGAUGUCCUGUCCUAUGAAGAGUACUACCAGCACUUGGAUACCACAGCUGUAGGGGGAAUCAUGUUAGCCAGAGGAGCUUUGAUCAAGCCGUGGAUCUUCACCGAGAUCAAGGAACGGCGUCACUGGGACAUUGCAGCGACAGAGAGGCUGGAUAUUCUCAAGGAUUUUGUCAACUUUGGCUUGGAGCACUGGGGGUCUGACCAGCAAGGUGUUGAGACUGUCAGAAAGUUUCUCUUGGAACAACUGUCUUUCUCAUACAGAUACAUCCCAGUGGGCCUCCUUGAGCGACUUCCACAGAGGGUGAAUGAACGCCCACCUUGCUACAAAGGUCGUAAUGACCUAGAAACUCUUUUAUCCAGCCCAGACUGUUCUGAUUGGAUCAAGAUAAGUGAGAUGCUCUUGGGUCCAACACCAGCUCAGUUCAGCUUUCUGCCGAAGCACAGAGCCAACUCCUACCAGUGAUGGAGGACUACUCACUGAUCAGAGCUGCACGUGAAGGAUGUGAUGCUGAAUCAGGUGGACUGGAUUACAGGCAGCAGUAACUCAAGUCCAGCUUGAGGCUUUGUGUGCCCCAACUCAUCAGCUGGGGAAUGUCAGUAGCUUACCAGGCCAAUUGAGCUGAAGAUGGAAUAGCUGUUCCUGAAAUACUAAGUAGCAUCCUGUAUGUGCAAACAUGUAGAGAAUAUGUGAGCCUCACAAGACAAGAUAAAUCUUUUACAGAAUAUUUGAGCCUUGCCGGACAAGAUGGAUUUGGUAGACAAUAUGCAAGCUUCUCCAAGAGAUAAGUAGAGAAUAUGUGAGACUGCAAGUAAGCCUCUCCAGACAUGAGCUAAGUACAGAAUAUGUCAGCCUCUCAAGGCAUAAGAUAAAUAUCUAAUAUGUGAGACUCUCCAGGCAUAGGUUGAGUAGAAAAUAUAUGAGCCUCUCUAGGCAUAAGAUAAAUAGCUAAUAUGUGAGACUCUCCAGGCAUAGGUUGAGUAGAAAAUAUAUGAGCCUCUCUAGGCAUAAAAUAAAUAGCUAAUAUGUGAGACUCUUCAGGCAUAAGAUAAGAAGAGAAUAUGUCAGCCUCUUCAGGCAAAAGAAAAGAAGAGAAUAUGUGAGCCUCUUCAGGCAAAAGAAAAGUAGAGAAUAUAACCUCUUCAGGCAUAAGAUAAGAAGAGAAUAUGUCAGCCUCUUCAGGCAAAAGAAAAGAAGAGAAUAUGUGAGCCUCUUCAGGCAAAAGAAAAGAAGAGAAUAUGUGAGCCUCUUCAGGCAAAAGAAAAGUAGAGAAUACAGCAGCAUCUUCAGGCAUUAGAUAAGAAGAGAAUAUAUCAGCCUCUUCAGGCAAAAGAAAAGUAGACAAUAUCAUGAAUAUAGCAGCCUCUUCAGCCAUAAGAUAAGAAGUAGAAUAUAUGGGCCUCUCCAGGAUAAACUAGGUGGAAAAUAUGUGAGUAUAUAUAUGAACUAAGUACAGUUAUGGAAGCCUCACAUGGUUACAUGACUCCAAACUUAACAUAGAACAUCAUUGGAGAAGAAGCAGAAAGUCUCAUUGAACAAAGCAAUAUGGUAUAGCGGUAGUUCAGGUUCAGAAUGGCUCAUUGAUUAUCAGACAAACAAGUGACUCGGCACACCAGCGUCACUGGUUAUGUUAUCAUGUAGUGUUUUGCCACCACGGAUAUAAAUACUUAGUGAAUAAUUAAAUAUAUCCUGUUUUCUGAA